AUGCCACGUAGAUCAAGAAAUACACCUGUGAAGACGAGGAGCGUGAAUGAGCUUCUAGAGACAACAACACCUGAGCAUCCAGUUGGCAAAACUCUAGAAAAAGAGAUGGCAGAAGAUGAGAAUGAUAGGUUGGGUGUCAAUGAUUUCUUGGGAAAACAACCUCGAGGGUACCAAUCUGGAAUCAAAGUACCACAAUUCCAAGCCACUAAUUUUGAGAUUAAGCAAACAAUGCUCAAAAUGUUGGAACUUAUUGGGCAAUUUGGGGGAUACAGUAAUCAGGAUCCCAAUCGGCAUCUAGUCGAAUUUCUUGAUGUGUGUGAUUCUUUUAAGCAGAAUGGAGUUCCUAGUGAUGUCAUUCGUCUUCGGCUCUUUCCUUACUCUUUACAAGGGAAGGCUAAAGAAUGGCUCAACAACCUGGAAGAAGGCAGUAUUUCAUCAUGGGAUGACUUGGAAGAGAAGUUUCGAUCUAGAUUCUUCCCUCAUAACAAGAUAGUGGAUGCUAGAGCCAAAUUGAUGAAUUUUAGCCAACAAUUUGAUGAGCACCUAUAUGAAGCUUGGGAAAGAUUUAAGUUGCUGGUCAGACAAAGCCCAGGACAUAAUCAAGAGAAGUGGGUCUUACUUCAAAUUUUUAGUAGUCGGUUGACACCUGAAUCCAAAUCUGAAUUAAAUGCUGUUACAAAUGGAGGAAUUACCAAGCAACCGGUGAACCAUGUUUGGAGUUGCUUGGAUGACUUGGCUGCUGAUUAUAUUCAGAAUAGUAAUGAACGGAAACAGGUGAAAUCUGUAGAAAAUGCUGCCAAUGACUCUUCUUCACAAGUGAUUGCUAUGCUCAAUACUCUCAACAAAAGAUUUGAUCACUUAGAAGCACGAGUUGACAAAUCCAAUAGAGGACAACUAGGGGUUAAUGCCAUAUAUACCCCGUGCGAUUACUGCGGAGAUGGACAUGCUUCUGAACAAUGCCCUACGUGUCAACAAGUAGAGCCAGUGAACUAUGCUGGAAAUUUUUGGGGUAAUAAUCAGAACAACCCUUAUGCCAACACUUACAACCCAGGAUUAAGGAAUCACCCUAACUUGUCUUGGAAACACGGUUCAACACUGGAUCAAGUGUCAACUUCUGGGUAA